UUGCACAGCCCAAAACACACAAACACAACAUAGCAGAGAGCUAGCCUCCGAUCGAUCGAGAACGCGUAGGAAAUUAACACACGACGACGAUGGCUCGCUGGGCCAUUGCGAUCCACGGCGGCGCCGGCGUGGACCCGAACCUGCCGGAGCACCGCCAGGAGGAGGCGAAGCGGGUCCUGGCGCGGUGCCUGCAGGUCGGCGUCGACGCGCUGCGCGGCGGCGCGGCGGCGGUCGACGUCGUCGAGGCCGUGGUGCGGGAGCUGGAGUCCGACCCGUUCUUCAACUCCGGCAGGGGCUCCGCCCUCACACGCCUCGGCACCGUCGAGAUGGAGGCCAGCAUCAUGGACGGCCGCGGCCGCCGCUGCGGCGCCGUGUCCGGCGUCUCCACCGUCAAGAACCCGGUCUCCCUCGCCCGCCUCGUCAUGGACAAGUCGCCGCACUCGUACCUCGCCUUCGACGGCGCCGAGGAGUUCGCGCGCGAGCAGGGCGUUGAUGUCGUGGACAAUAGCUACUUCAUCACCGAGGACAACGUCGGCAUGCUCAAGCUCGCCAAGGAGGCCAACUCCAUCCUGUUUGACUACCGGAUCCCGCUGGGAGGGUCGGAGACGUGCAGCGCGCAGGCGGAGAACCCGAACGGCAUGGUGAUGAACGGCCUCCCCAUCAGCAUCUACGCGCCGGAGACGGUGGGCUGCGCGGUGGUGGACUCGAACGGCUUCACCGCGGCGGCCACGUCCACCGGCGGGCUGAUGAACAAGAUGACCGGCCGCAUCGGCGACUCGCCGCUGAUCGGCUCGGGCACCUACGCCUGCGCAGCCUGCGCGGUGUCGUGCACCGGCGAGGGCGAGGCCAUCAUCCGCUCCACGCUGGCCCGCGACGUCGCCGCCGUCAUGGAGUACAGGGGCGCCGGCCUCCAGGAGGCCGUCGACUACUGCGUCAAGGAGCGCCUCGACGAAGGCUUCGCCGGCCUCAUCGCCGUCUCCGGCGCCGGCGAGGUGGCGUACGGGUUCAACUGCACCGGCAUGUUCAGGGGGUGCGCCACCGAGGACGGCUUCAUGGAGGUCGGCAUCUGGGAGUGAGAUGGGCCUGGUGCAAGCGUGCUUUUCGUGCGUUCGUGGGCCCUUGGCGAUCAUGCGAUUGCCAUGGCGCGUCCUCCGCUAAUGGGCUACUUGGGCCUCCUCCGUGUGCUAAUGGGCUAGAAUUAGUGGUUAUUUAGUGGGUUGGAGAUGGGUAUUGGAGGUGGGGUUUGAAUAAUGAUAAUGACGAUAAUUCGUCUGGAAAUAAAUAUAAUGUGAAAAGUUAUAUUGCUA